AUGAACGAUCCGGGCCUUGACAAGUCUGCAACACAGGCCGCCGAAGAUGUUGAAGCGAACAACACUCAGUAUGUCCAAGAUAAGGAGCAGGCCGAAGAGGAAGAGCAAGAAUUCUUGAAACCAGGUCGAUGGUGGUUUGCUUCCACAGCAUGUCCCCUUAUAGCAGGCACCUUUGGUCCCAUGGCCAACGCCUUCAGUAUCUGCGCGCUGCCAAACAAGUGGAGAGUGUAUAUUCCAGCUGGGAAGGACGAGAGCCACGGUGUUGUGGUCGAAGACCCAAAGUGGUUGGUUGCCAUUAACUCCGUAUCACUCGUCUUUGCUCUUGCGGCCAACAUGUUCCUCCUACUCAACAUGGCCCGGCGGGUAUCCUUUGCAGUGGCACAGCCGAUCACCGUAGUGGGAUUCUACGUAGCAUCCCUGCUCCUUAUGGCCCUUGUUGGGGUAGCGUCUUCGUCUGCCUUUCGCCUGGAGCCUAGGGAAGAGCAUGCCCUGAGCCAGGCCUACUACUAUGGCAUGAUCGCCUCCGGACUCUACUUUAUCAUCGCAACACUAAUGGUGUUCACAAUCUACGGUGCAUAUAAAGGCCGUUACCCGAAGGAGUUCAGGCUAUCUCCUAGCCAGAGAACGCUGAUGCUGCAGACCAUUGGUUUUAUGUUCUACCUUCUGUUAGGCGCCCUCAUCUUUGCAGAAGUCGAAGGCUGGAAUUUUCUCGACGGCGUCUUCUACGCAGAUUUUACUCUGCUCACCGUCGGUAUUGGGGGUGAAUUCGUUCCCAUAACCCACACCGGUCGCUCAUUGCUGUUCCCGUAUGCUAUUGGUGGACUCGUCACAGUCGGUCUGGUCAUCGGCUCCAUACGUUCCCUUAUUCUCGAACACGGAAAGCAGAAGAUGGCUGCUCGAUUCACCGAGAUCAAGAGAGUAGAGGUCUUGGCUUCGUACAAUGACAAGACAAGGACGAUCAAACUUGGCUGGUUCUCCAGUAUGGAAUAUCUUCAGAGGGAUCUAUCUGAAGCCCAGAAGCGAGAACAAGAGUUUCGCGUCAUGCGAAAGAUCCAAGAUGUAGCAGAACGGAACCGACGAUAUACCUCGCUUGCGAUCUCUACGACGGCGGCAUUGCUAUUGUGGUUUCUUGGUGCUCUGGUCUUCAGGUUAGCUGAGAAGCCUCAGGGAUGGUCCUACUUCGGGAGCAUGUACUUCGCAUAUACUUCGCUGCUCACGAUCGGAUACGGCGACCUUGUGCCGCAAUCGAACGCCGGGAAAGCUUUCUUUGUGUUCUGGAGCCUGCUGGCCGUGCCAACACUCACCAUCUUGAUCAGCAACAUGGGCGACACCAUUAUUAAAGAAUUCAAAGACUUCACCAUCUGGGUCGGUUCUCUAACACUCUUACCGGACGAAGAAGGCCUCGGAUCAACACUUAAGAUCGGCGCGAAGCGAAUGCGUAAAGUCUACAAAGCAGAGUCCCAAGACGCGGACCCAGGCGCUUCACUACGGCACAUGAUGGAUCGUCUACGAGACCACAUGGAGGAAAAAGAACUCGGCCUCGCAGAAGAAGCAGGCGAGCACGGAGACAAGCUAAUGCGAGACAUCCACUUUUACCACUUCGUCCUGUCAAAGGAGAUCCGGCAACUGAUGAAAGAUGUUGAUGCAUCGCCUCCACGGCAGUACAGCUACUCAGAGUGGGCAUACUACCUGCGCCUCCUCGGCCAAGACGAGAACGAGGCAUCAGGCCAUCGCCGCGCACGGGUCCACCACAAGCACGGUAAUCGCUCAACGCCAGAUCUCGGCACAGCGGACGACGGCGACGAGCAAGCGUGGAGCUGGCUGGGUAUCCGAAGUCCGCUGAUGGGGAAUUCGAGUGAGGCGCAGUGGCUGCUGCGAAGACUUUCCGCGAGAUUGGAGAUGGAGAUGCGAAAGAUGAGCAAUCCGGAUCCGAAGAAGAGGAGAGCUCCGCCGCCGAUAUCGAUGGAUGAGCUCAGACACGGGGAGAGGGAUGCAUAUGCGAACGGUAAUGCGGGCGAGUCGACAGGAAGGACGUACGAUGCCGCUGAAGCUAGGAGACGAGGAAAGAAGGGCGCAGAUCCGUGA